UCUCAUCUUUGACUUGUCGUUAUUACUACUGUCACUAAUACCUUCGUUGUUACUGUAUUUAAUUCCGUCGUUAACUCUACACUAAUACAGUUUAACUCAUUAACAUUACUGUAUUAAUUCUGAAUUAGUGACUUGUGCCCUAAUUGCAGUAUAUUACAAUUUCGAACCAAUUUCGAAUUCCGGUCUUCCCAUACUUUUCGGUGACGCUAAACUAAAAAAGGCGCUACGGCUGGAAAUUAAAAGUCUCCGAGUCUCCAGAAUUCCCAAUUAUAUAAAAGGUUUCAAUUCCCCAUAUUUUCAGGAAUUAUAACUCCUGUAUAACAAAAAUCUACUUUAAAAAUGGCUAGUGUAGGUCACGAGCCAGAUAUUCAACGUUUAUCGUUAGAAAGAACAAAUUCUAAUUCAUCAUCAGUAGUUAGUGUAAAACCUGGUUAUGUUGAUAGUCCAUUUUCAGGUAAAAAAGAUCAAUAUGAUCAAGUAUUAGAUAUUUUAGAUAAUACUGGAUUUAUUCCUGAAUCAUUAAUUGAAUCAGAAGCUAGAUGGUUUUAUCAAUCAUUAGGAAUUGAUGAUGUUUUCUUUGCCAGAGAAUCUGCUCAAGGUAUUGCAAAUCAUAUUCAUUCAUUAUAUUCUUGUAAAGUUCAAGCAUUUUCUAAUGAAUCUGAUCUUACUGAUGAUGCUUUAAUUCAAUAUAAACGUGAAGCUGAAGAUCAUGCAGUAUUUUUUGAAACAUCUUCUGCUUCUGGAGUUCCAAGUAAUGGAUCAAAAAAUAGAUUUGAAGAAAGAAUUGAUGAUAAAUAUAUAGAUCCAUCAAAUUCAACUGAAAGUUAUAGAGCUGAAUUUUUUAGUGCUCCAUUAAGUUAUAAAACUGAUCCAAUUUUAUCAGGAGUUCAUCAAAAGAAUCAUCAAAUUGCUGAUCAAUGGUUUAAUUGUUAUUUUGUUUACAAAAAUCAAUUUGAAUUUAAAGAUGUAUCUCAAGAUGAAACUGAUUUUAAUAAAAUUGGUGAUACAACAUUUUUAAAAAUUGCUUCUGAAAAUACUAAACAAUUAUAUUCAGAAAUUGUUAAAAAUGUUAUUAAUACAACUGGUCCAGUUAUUAGAUAUUUCCCAAUUGAAGAUUCUGAAGAAUAUAGAGUUGUUAUUGGUUUUAGACAAAAGACUUCUGCUAGAUAUAAUUCUGCUUUAAGUGAUUUAGCUAAUUAUUAUAAAUUACAAACUACUAGAAAAUAUGUUGAACAAUUUGCUAAUGGUAUAACAAUUAUUUCAAUGUAUGUUACAUCAAAGCAAAAGAAAUCUCCAGUUGAUUUAUCAAUUUAUCAAGUUAUUAAAGAAGCUUCUUUAUUAUAUUGUAUUCCUCAUAAUUUCUUUCAUCAUAGAUUUGUUAAAGGUGAAUUAUCAUUACAAGAAUCAAUUUAUGCUCAAUCUGGGGUAAUUUUUGUUACACAUUUUUUAAACAGAUUAGGUCCUGAAUAUACUAAAUUAUCUUCAUUAUUAGAUCCAUCUAAAUCUAUUCAACAUGCUGAAGUAUUAAGUAGUUUAAAGAAAAGAUUAAGAGCAGAAACUUAUACUCAAAAUUAUAUUCAAGAAGUAUUUGAUACAAGAUCUGAUAUUGUUAGAAAAUUAUAUCGUCAAUUUGCUGAUGUUCAUUAUAUUCGUUCUUCAAUGGAAAAGACUUUGUCUUAUCAAAGACUUUCUCAAAUUACUCCGGUUGGAACUGAAGAAGAAUUUGAACAAUUAUUAAAUCGUGAAUGUUCUCAAAAUGAACAUCAUGCUAUUGUUUUAAGAGCUUUAUUUGUAUUUAAUAAAUCUAUUUUAAAGACAAACUUUUAUACUUCAACUAAAGUGGCACUUUCAUUUAGAUUAGAUCCAUCUUUCUUACCAAGUUCAGAAUAUCCAGAAAAACCAUUUGGUAUGUUCUUUGUUGUUGGAAGUGAUUUUAGAGGUUUCCAUAUUAGAUUUAGAGAUAUUGCAAGAGGUGGUAUUAGAAUUGUUAGAUCAAGAUCUCUUGAUGCUUAUAAUGUUAAUUUAAGAAAUUUAUUUGAUGAAAAUUAUAAUUUAGCUAAUACUCAACAAAGAAAAAAUAAAGAUAUUCCAGAAGGUGGAUCAAAGGGAGUUAUUUUAUUAGAUCAUGGAGCUGCACAAGAUAGACCUCAAGCAUGUUUUGAAAAAUAUAUUGAUGCAUUAAUUGAUUUAUUAUUAAAACAACAUAUUCCUGGUGUUAAAGAUUCAUAUGUUGAUUUAUAUGUUAAACCAGAAAUUUUAUUCCUUGGACCUGAUGAAGGUACUGCUGGUUAUACUGAUUGGGCAACUUUACAUGCAAGAAGUAGAGGAGCUCCAUGGUGGAGAUCAUUUUUAACUGGUAAAAGUCCUCAAAUUGGUGGUAUACCUCAUGAUGAAUAUGGUAUGACUACUUUAUCAGUUAGAGCUUAUGUUAAUAAAAUUUAUGAAAAAUUAGGACUUGAUGAUAAAAAAAUUAGAAAAUUUCAAACUGGUGGUCCAGAUGGUGAUCUUGGUAGUAAUGAAAUUUUAUUAUCAAAGGGUGAAAAUUAUAUUGGUAUAGUUGAUGGAUCAGGUGUAAUUGCUGAUCCAAAUGGUCUUGAUAAAGCUGAAUUAAUUAGAUUAGCUAAAGAAAGAAAAAUGAUUGAUCAUUAUGAUAAAUCUAAAUUAUCUAAAGAUGGUUAUGUAGUAUUAGUUGAUGAUGUUGAUGUUAAAUUACCUCAUGGACAAAUUGUUACUAGUGGAGUUAGUUUUAGAAAUACUUUCCAUUUAAAAUUAAAAGAACAAUUUCCUAAUGGAGUUGAUUUAUUUGUACCAUGUGGUGGUAGACCAGCUGCUAUUGAUACAAAUAAUGUUCAUGAAUUAAUUGAUGAAAAGACUGGUAAAUCAAUUGUACCAUAUUUUGUUGAAGGAGCUAAUUUAUUUAUUACUCAAUCAGCUAAACUUAUAUUAGAACAAGCUGGUAUAAUUAUUUUUAAAGAUGCAUCUACUAAUAAAGGAGGGGUUACUUCUUCAUCUUUAGAAGUUUUAGCUGCUUUAGCCUUUGAUGAUACUGGAUUCUUAUCUAAUAUGUGUGUAGAUUCGACUACUCAUGAAAAACCACAGUUUUAUCAAGAUUAUGUUAAAGAAGUUCAAAGAGUUAUUGUUUCUAAUGCUGAAGAUGAAUUUGAAGCAUUAUGGAAAUUAAAACAAGAAACUAAUAUUUCAUUUACUGAAUUAUCUGAUAAAUUAUCAGUAAGUAUUAAUCAAUUAGGUGAUGAAUUAGCUAAUUCUAAAGAAUUAUGGAAUGAUGAUAUUGAAUUUAGAAAUGCAGUUUUACUUGAUUCUUUACCACCUUUAUUAUUAAAUGUUAUUGGAAUUGAUAAUGUAUUAACUAGAGUUCCAGAAGCUUAUUUAAAAGCAUUAUUUGCAACUCAUUUAGCUUCUAGAUUUGUCUACACAAGAGGUAUUGAUUCUAAUCCUGCUAAAUUCUUAGAAUUUAUCUCCUCUAUUAAGAAGGAAUAUGUUAAAAAGGGAUUACUUAAGUAGUGUAUGUAUAGUUAUGUCUCUAUUCGCUUGAUUAUUUGCUUUUGCUUUUGCUUGCUUUAUGUUUUUAUUUAUUUGUUUAUCUACUAUUCUACAUUAAUUUUAAUUUAUUAACUUCAUAUAUGA